AUGGCUUUCGGCACCCAAAAUGCUCGUGUCUUGAAGAACGAGCUCGACGCUCGUGUUGAAAGGCAGGGCGAUGAGCCGGGUCCCGUUUUCCACGCUCGUGUUUUCGGGCGGUGGGCCCGUGUAGUUAAACGGGCUCGACAGAUGGGUCGGGAAAUCGACGGUAAGAGCUGUCGUGGGGAGAGCAAACGAGACGUUGUUCACCGAGGCCGCGAAUUUCGUCCCGCGGUUGAUGAAGUGUGUCUCGGGUCGUUUAAGCUUCGGAAUUUGCUGGCGAAAUCGGCGACGAAAACCGUGUCGUUUAUUUGUGGAAGUACGGAUUUUGGUUAUAUUUGUGGAUGGGUGCUCGUAUUCGAGGAAACCGGCGACGGUAGAAUUGUCGAAAGUGGCCUUGCCGGUGACGUAAGGCCUUGCGGUCAUGAGGAAGGCCGCGUUUGGAUGGUGAGGACAUUUGUUGUUUGGCCCGGGGCUAUGAGGAUUACGUUCGUGGAAAAUGGCUUCACGUACGUGGCAUCGGCUUCGACUAUGGUGAGACUGUGGUUAGCUAUGCUGAAAAAUAGCUCGUCGUUCACGGCUGCAUUUAUCAGACGAAGCAUGGAAUUUUCUAAAACUCAUCCAUACUUCAAAUUUGAGUAG